UCAGUUUGACUGAGUUCUUCGACAUCGAAGUAAAGAUGAGGUCGUUACUACUGUGUAAAUUGUUAAUGUUAGUGGGGUUAGUGCUGUGUGAGAAUGAAACUGAAAAUUCGAAUACCAAAGAGAAAUUUGAAUAUAUUUUUACUUAUCCACAAUCGAUGAUAUCGGAAGGAAAAGUAACCGGUUGUUUAACACUAAACAAUGCUAAAUUACCGGCAAAAUUAGAUGUUACAUUUACGAAAAAUAAAUGUAACGGAAAUGAGUGCAAAAAUAGUUUCGAUGUUACAAAAGAUUAUCAAUGUUUUGAAUUGGACGUUCCAAAAGUAUCCGAAUCUGAAAGAUAUAUCCAAAAUCGAGAUGCUCUAAAAAUUCAAUUAACAAUUGAUGGCGAAACAUAUGAAAAAACCGGAAAAGAAGAUAUCACAAUUUUUUCUACAUCAAGCAUUCUUUUAGUGGAAACUGAUCGAGGACGAUACAAACCUGAAGAUUUAAUCAAAAUUAGAAUUUUAGCGUUGGACUUUGAUAUGACACCAUCAAUUGAUAAAAUUAUUUCUAAAGCAACUUUACUCAAUCCUCAAAGAAAUAAAGUUAAAGUGUGGGAAAAUAUAACUACUUCUAAUGGUUUAGCUCAAUUGGAGUAUCAAUUACAAGACAGCGCUCCAAUGGGUUAUUGGACGUUAAAUAUUAAUGACACCGCUCACCUUGGUUUCCAAGUGGAGGCUUAUGUUUUACCACGCUUUCAAACUACGUUGGAGCAUCCAAACAAUUUCUACAUCGAUGAUAAAACCAUCGAUAUUAAAAUCUGCGCGAAAUAUUCUUAUGGACGUCCUGUUAAAGGAGUUGGUGUAAUUAAAGCUAAAGGAGCUAGUUAUUAUUUUUAUAGGAAUAAUGUUGAAGCAACUGCUGUUAGUAAAUCAGAAGAGCUGAAAAAUGGAUGUGUAACACUUCAUGUACCUGUGAAAGAUUUGGAAAUAAACAGAUCGAGGCAUUUCAGUUUGGAUGUGUCCGGAAGUGUAACGGAACAAGGAACGGAAGAAACACAAAAUGCAAAUGGUUAUAUUUAUAUGAACACGGAACCUUAUCGCGUUUAUUUUGAUUAUUCAAACACGGAAUUAAAACCUGGAUUACCUUAUCAGGGUACUUUAAAUGUUAAGGAUAGAAAGGUGGAUUUGAAUGGAAAAGUAUUGAAAAUAUGUUAUAAACACAGAGACAGCUGGGAUUCUAAUGCAACAAUUACCGAUUGUCAAGAUAUCGUUAUGGAUAAUAGCGAAGAUGUUUAUUUCACAAUUCCUCCUUUAAAAAAAUUUUCAAAAGGACAAGUUUAUGUUGAAGCAACUUUACCCAAGUUUAAUACUAAUGAGGAUGAUGAAGAUUUUCGACGUUACCAAAGUUCUCCAACAAUGUAUUUAACCCCUUCUUAUUCUAAUAGCAAUAAUAGCAUACAAAUCGUUGAUGAACAUUUACCAAGACAUUGUGGUGAAGAUGUCACUUUUAAAGUAUUUUAUACACUCAAUCAUAUUAAACAAGACGAAAAGAUAACAUUUAAUUAUAUGUUUAUAUCGCGAUACGAUGUUGUGAAAACCGGACAUGUUGAUGUGCAAGCAAAAGGUGAAACAUUUAAUCCGAAGAAUUUCAAAAAUAUUUUCAAAGGUGAACACGAAUUCAUUCAAAGCGAUGAUGUUCCAAUUGGUGAAUUUGAAAUCAAAGUGAAACUUGAUGGUAAAAUUUACACUCAAGCGAAAUUACUUGUGUAUUAUGUUACUAAUGGUGAAGUUAUUGUCGAUGAAGUUAAUGUUGAUAUUCAAAAAUGUUUACCGAACAUGGUGGAUAUAAAAUGGAAUAAAGAAACUUUAGAACCUGCCGAAAAAGCUUCAUUAAAAAUCUCAACGGGAAAAGAUUCGUUAUGCGCUUUGACUGGAAUUGAUAAAGCUAGUACUUUCCAAUCACCACCGGAUGAGUUUACCGUCGAUAAAAUUUUGGGUCCAACUGAAUACGGAAGAUAUCCCUAUUAUUACUAUGAAGGAAGGCAAUGUGUUAUGAGCAAAAAAGAUUUGGAGGAGGAGAAAAAAAGUAAAGAAGAAGUAGUAAAUGAUUCUUCAAAUGGAACAACAACCGUGUCAAUGCCUUAUGAACUUCGAGAGACAGUUUGGAGACCAAUUACAGGAACGGAUGCUAGUAACAUUUUCCAAAACGUACACGUUGGCGUUAUUUCCAAUCAACAAUUGACGACAAAACCAUGCGAAAAGCAUACUUUUCUACACCAUCCAAUAGUUUUUCGUACAAAAACAGCCUUUGCUGCUGCUGGACCAGCGUUUACUAGAGGUCCAGAACCUGAUGGAAUCAUGUUAAUGUCAAGUUCAACUCCUAGUUUAAAUAGAGAACCAGUUUUAACAACUACUUCUGUAGUGGAAGAUGCACUAGUGAACAAAGAAAGUGCAGGAGAAGGGGGCAGCGCAACAAAUUCGCCAGCAAGAACUUAUUUCCCAGAAACAUUCCUAUGGGAUUUAGUACCAGCAAAUGAAGGACAAACUGUCAUUGAACGUACAGCACCAGAUAGUAUAACAAAUUGGGUGACGAAAGCUUUAUGCGUUUCAAAAUCGAAAGGAGUCGGCUUAAGUUCAACUGUUGAAUUAAACGUUUUCAAACCAUUCUUUGCGGACGUUUUAAUGCCAUAUUCCAUUAAAAGAAACACGGAAAUUAUGCAUCUUCCAGUAGCCGUUUUUAAUUAUAUGAAUCAUAGCGUACCGGUUCGGUUAACACUUGGCGAUAAUGAUGAAAUGGAAUUAGUCGAUGGGGCUGAUAAAAAAACAACUAGCAUGUGUGUUGAAGCUGGAGACAGUUCAACCCAUAUUUAUAAAAUUAAAGGAUUAAAAAUUGGCGUUUUAAACGUUAGCGUAACAGCGGAAAUGGAUCCUCACGCAACGGAAAAUUGCGGAAAUGAAAAGAUUAUCGUAAAAAGAGAUUUAAUUUACAAAACAGUGAAAGUUGAAGCUGAAGGAUAUCCAAGUGAUAUUGUAAGAAGUGCUUUGUUAUGUGCUAACGACUCAUUAGGAACAGAUCACGUAACCUGGACUAUUGAUUUACCAGAAGGAGUUGUUAAUGAUACAAUCGAUGGAUCUAUAACGAUUAGUUCAGAUAUUUUAGGACCAGUUAUUGAAAAUUUAGAUAAUUGGUUACGUGUCCCAUCCGGUUGUGGCGAACAAACAAUGGCUGGUUUAGUUCCGAAUCUCUACAUUUUAAGAUACUUGAAAGCCAAUGAUGCGCUUACCAAAGAAAUUGAAGCAAAAGCUUUAAAAAAUAUGGAAACUGGUUACCAAAGAAUUUUGGGUUAUUCGCAUGAAGACGGUUCGUUUUCGGCGUUUGGUAAAUCUGACCAAAACGGUUCAAUGUUCCUCACAGCGUUUGUUGUUAGAACGCUCCGAUUAAUGAAAGAGUACAUUCAUAUUGAUGAUGAGGUUAUUGAUAAGGCUGUUAAAUGGAUGCUGGAACAUCAAAAUCCCAAUGGUUGUUUUGAAUUUGUUUCGCAUGUUUUCCAUCCAAUGGGUGCUGAUAACGACAAAGAUAACCAAACGUCCGCUUUAACAUCAUACGUAGCUGUUAGUUUAAAAGAAACCAAUAUCGAAGUACCAGAUGAAGUUUACUCAAAAAUUAAAGAAUGUAUUUCAAAAGCCGAUAAGUCAGAUAAUUACACAAUGGCAAUCUCAUCUUAUGCUUUAUCAUUGAUGAAUCUUCCAGAAUUAGCUAACGCAAAUAUAAAAACUUUAUUAGAUGCCGCGGAUGUUGAGGAUGGCAAAAUCUUUUGGCAAAAGAAACAUACUGGUUGGUGGUUUUCGGGUGCACAAGAUGUUGAAGUAGCCGGAUAUGGUCUUUUGGCUUUAUUACAAUCGGCGACACCCGAAAACAUUGGUCACGCUGGUUCGGUUGUUAGAUAUUUACAAACCCAAGUAAAUCCUCAAGGUGGAUAUUAUUCAACUCAAGAUUCUGUGGUUGCUUUGGACGGAAUGUCUCGGUUUGCUAAUUUAGUGAAUAAGAAACAACCUAAUUUAGAUAUUGACGUGUCCACGAAACAAAAUGGAAAGAAGAAUGUUGAAAUUAGAAAAAGAAUUAGGGAUAGUAAAGUGGAAAUUCCUUUGGUAGAAUUUCCCGAAGUAAUUGAAGUUAAAGUUAAAGGAGAUGGUUGUGUUCUUGGACAAGCUGCAGUUAAAUUUAAUAUAAAUGAAAAACCAAAAGUUGAAGCUUUAAAACUUAAUGUUACUGCAAAAUCAGCCACCAAAAAAGAACAGUGUACUUUACUCGAAAUAAAACCUUGCGUAUCUUAUAAUGCCAAAGGACAUUCAAAUAUGGCACUUUUAGAAGUUUCUAUGCCUUCUGGAUACGUCCCCGAUCAAGCAUCUUUAUUGGCAUUAAAAGGAAGUGUUCAAGAAGUGAAGAAAUUCGAAUUGAUAGAUGACAAAGUUGUUUUUUACUUUGACAAAUUAACUUCGAACGAAAUUUGUGUACCUUUUGUGAUAGAAGAAACUGUCGUUGUCGAAAAUAGAGUUGACUCUAUUGUAAAAUUGUUUGAUUAUUACACACCGGAAAUCAGUGUGUCCCAAAGUUACAAAGUACCCGUUUGUGAAGGAGAUAAUGCGAUUGAUCGUUAAGAAAUUUUGAUGGAAACAAUGUACUUAUUAAGUGUUUUCAAAAUGAAAUUUUUAUGCAUUAAUCUUUGUACCUACAUCUAAAUAUUAAAGAAAUUUUUGAAAAUCUU